AUGCUACUAAAACGUAGCCUUUCAACACACAACUUGCUCGUGACCCUCAGCUUUCUCAUCAUAUGUUUAUACGUGAUCAUCUGCCCGCACAAUAAAGUUGAGGAGUCUUUCAACACACAGGCUAUUCAUGACAUAAUUUAUUACGGUGGUAAUGUCUCUCAGUACGACCACCUAGUCUUUCCCGGGGCUGUUCCGAGGACGUUCCUGGGCCCCUUGGUACUUUCUGUGUUUGCACUUCCGUUGUCCCCAUUUCUUUCAAAAACCUGCAUCUACCCCAUUGCGCGAACGUGUCUCGGGCUAUUUUUCCUGACGGGGUUAAGCGCACUUGCAAACGCUGCGCGACAACGCUUUGGCAGCUCAAUCGGGAAUCGCUUUCUACUUAUAACGGCUAGCCAGUUUCAUAUCAUGUUCUAUGCCUCCCGAUGUCUUCCAAACACAUUUGCAUUCGUUCUGGUCUUAUGCUCUCUGGCUGCGCUUCUACAAGGCGCUGAUUUGCUCUUUAUCUUCCUCUCGGGCCUCGCUAUUCUCGUGUUUCGAGCCGAACUGAUGCUUUUUUAUGGACCGCUACUACUUUUUGGACUUUAUUUUAAAUUAGUUAAAAUACGACCAGCGCUUAUUCUAACGGGUCUUAUGACGACUCUCGGAGCCGUAGGCACUUCUGUGUUUGUGGACUCAUUCUUUUGGCGUCGUUGGCUUUGGCCGGAGGGUGAAGUUUUCUACUUCAACGCGAUUGAGAAUAAAAGUAGCCAAUGGGGUGUAUCCUUUUCUCGUCUUACACUCCCUUUCUACUGGUAUUUUGUGAUCGGUCUUCCCAAGGCUCUGUUGUGUACAACAUUCCUUGUUAUAUUGGCAAAUUUGCUGAUCCUUUGCGACCGACGCGCCCGGAUGCGACACGCAACAAGCCUGCUUUUGGGUCUAGAAUUUGCUGCCGUCAGCUUUGUUCUGAUAUAUUCAUUCCUUCCGCACAAAGAGUUACGUUUUGUUCUCUACGCUGUCCCAAUAUUGAACUUCAUGGCGGCCUUCUGCUGGGAAAGCAUGGAAGCCAGCAUCACCGAACAUCAUGCUAGAAAAAGGUUUAAACCGGUCUCUCGCAGCGGUAUGAAGCAGGGUGGUCGAAUGUCCUAUUAUGUCAGAAGGCUGAUUGUCCUACUCUGUUACCUCCAUCUCUUUGUCAACGUGUUCUUAACCCUGGGGCUCUUAUUCUGUUCCGCUUACAACUACCCGGGUGGCGAUGCGAUUUCUCAACUCAAUUCCUGGCCGAAGUUGGCACACAGGAAGGAUGUUCACGUCCUCAUCAGCAAUCUGGCUGCCCAGACGGGCGUAAACCGAUUUCACGAAGUGCAUCCUACAUGGAUAUACAACAAGACGGAGGGCCUAGAGGAUGAUCUGGUGGCUCUUGCCAAGGGCCCCUUCACGCACCUGAUCUUGGAGACUGCGAAGAGCCGUGUCACGCCAGGUUUCACGCGUCUUUAUGAUGUACAGGCUUUCUCGGGUGUGAUAUUUGACUGGGAUAACCCUCAGGUUUUGGAACGAGUGGGCCUGCGGUCGACCAAGUUGCAGGGUUAUCCCAGGUCCUGCAACGAUGCUUACUUCCGCCAACUCCGAAAGCUGACAAGAAAGUCGACUAGGGAUGACCAACAGAAGUAUUGGUCCGAAACAGCGACUUCAAUGAAACAGACCUCAAACGCUGGUGACGCUUGA